AUGUUUGUCGUUCAAGACUUGACUGACGUGGUGAGUGCAGACACCACUGGAGUCCGGCUAGAAGCAAUAAAAGAAUUACUCUUUGUCUUCCGGCGUUUGCUCAUGCCAUGGCGAUCGAUACGGCGUCAACUUUAUAAGGACCCAUCGCGAACGAAGCUGGAGAUCCAGGCGCUACCGCCUAUUCAGCAUAUGUCAGUGGUAAACUAUCCGAAUGCCGGAUGUAUUGUGUUCUAUCUCGAGAAUGCCAUUCCGGGAGACCCGAGGUCACGGUGUACGAGUGGAAGAAUGGAAGCAGCACCUCCUAAUGGACACCAUCUGGUGCAGUGCUAUUUGAACGACGACAUGGAGCGGAACCUGACGUUGACCUUCACAGAGAGAAAAGAAAACACGUUAAGCCAUAGUACACUUCGUCGUAUUCCAACGACGUAUUCUCGGUGUAAUUCGUGCGGCGUUGGAAAUAUAUGUUCAGCUUCACCGGCUGUUUCCGGCCUCAGUCAGGUGUUACUCUUGUUCGUUCCUCUUCUUCGCCAGCCAGUAGUAUCUUCGCUACGUGUUUUGCUUCCAUUGAAAUUCGCGGAUAACGGAAUCUCACAACGUGGCGUAUACUGCUAUCUCAAGAAUGUAAACUCUUCAUCACCGAUUUGA